AAAUAUGAAAAAUCUCAGGUGCCAAAAAAAAUAAAUCGAGAUUACCAUGAAAACUUAUCCAAAAAAAGAAAAAGACACAUAAAAUUGUUUAAGAACCCUUUGUAUAGUUUCAAGAAUCAAGAAUCCCAGUUUGGAAGUACCUUGGAGUUCUUUCCUCGCUUUCCCCGCUGCUGUUUUCCAGUGGUGUACAACUUCAGUAGCGCACUGUACCAACAAUUUGUUAGCCUAAAAGACUGAAUUUUUAUCUCUGCAAAGUGAAUAAAUCCAUCAACAUCUAGUGCAAUUUUCAGCAUUUUGGGGUUUCUGUUUUGCAUCAUGAAUGCUCCUAUAAUUGACCCAUUGCAGGGGGAUUUCCCUGAAGUUAUCGAAGAGUAUUUGGAGCGUGGGAUCAUGAAAUGCAUAGCCUUUAAUCGUCGUGGCACCCUUCUUGCAGCUGGAUGUGCUGAUGGAACUUGCCUUAUCUGGGAUUUUAUGACCAGAGGCAUUGCAAGAGAAUUCAAGGACGAUGACUGUGUUGCCUCAGUUACAAGUGUUUGUUGGUCAAAGUAUGGCCAUCGCAUACUUGUCUCCGCUGCUGAUAAGUCCUUGACACUCUGGGAUGUUGUCAGAGGAGAGAAGAUAACUCGGACCACUCUACAGCAAACCCCUUUACAAGCUCGCUUACAUCCCGGGUCCUCUACUCCGUCUAUUUGCUUGGUGUGCCCCCUUUCAUCUGCCCCUAUGAUUGUUGACUUGGACACAGGAAGCGUGACUGUGCUCCCUGUCUCGCCUACUGAAGGAGGGAAUGGAUUUGCUCCUUGUUCAAAAAAUAAAUUUUCAGAUGGAUCUGCCCCAUUUACUCCUACUGCUGCUUGCUUUAACAAGUACGGAGAUCUGGUUUAUUUGGGGAACUCCAAAGGGGAAAUACUAAUAAUUGACCAUAAAAGUGUUCAAGUGCGUGGUAUAGUUCUUGUUCCAGGCUGCGCUGUUAUAAAGAAUAUGGUGUUUAGCAGAAAUGGCCAGUAUAUCUUAACAAAUUCAAAUGAUCGUAUAAUAAGGAUAUAUGAGAACCUUCUCCCGAUUAAAAAUGCACUUACAGGUCUAGAUGAAGCAACCAAUGGCCUGAAUGACCUGGAAGGGGUUGAGAAGCUGAAAGCAGUUGGAGCACAAUGUUUAGCUCUGUUUCGGGAGUUUCAGGAUUCUGUCACCAGAGUGCACUGGAAAGCUCCGUGUUUUAGUGGUGAUGGUGAGUGGGUUGUUGGUGGUUCUGCCAACAAAGGAGAGCACAAGAUCUACAUUUGGGAUCGGGCAGGUCAUCUUGUAAAAAUCCUCGAAGGACCAAAGGAAGCAAUAAUAGAUCUAGCUUGGCAUCCCGUACGCCCUGUUGUUGUCUCUGUUUCACUAUCUGGGUUUGUCUAUAUUUGGGCGAAAGACUACACCGAGAAUUGGAGUGCAUUUGCUCCCGAUUUCAAAGAGCUUGAAGAAAAUGAGGAGUAUAUUGAAAGGGAAGAUGAAUUUGAUCUCAAUCCUGACAUGGAGAAGGUUAAAGAAUCAGGUGUCGACGAGGAUGAAGAUGUUGAUAUCAUUGGUGUGGAUAAAGAUUCAACUUUCAGUGAUUCAGAUAUGUCGGGAGAUGAAAUUUGCUUUUUGCCUGCUGAUCCAAUUCCUGAUGCUCCAGAGCAGCAGGACAAGUGUGUUGGUAGUAGUUCAAAGCUAGGAGAAAGCAACCAGUCUGGAUCCCCUAGUUCAGAUGGGGCUGGUCAAAAUGGGCAAGUGAAUCAUGAGUCCAGUCCAUUUGAAGGUGAGGACGCAGGCACAAUUAAAAGGAAACGAAAGCCUUCAGAGAAGGUACUGGAAUUGCAAGCUGAGAAGGUUAAGAAACCCCCACUGAAGACAAAGCCAUCUGGCUAAUAGAGAGAGCUUCGCUGGAGGUCAUGUCAAUUUACAACAGUAAGCUGUGAAUUAAGUGUUAACAAGCUGGUGAUUCCAUCUUUAAGUGGGUUGUGGAGCACAUUUGAUGCUGCUUCUGAGGUUGUGCAGACUUGCACCCAUGAACAGAUUCUUUUAGCAGAGUGGUAGCAAUCGAUCCAGACUCUUGGAGGGACGACCAACUGUUAACAUGAACUGACAUUAGAACGUUGCAUUAGGUUUAUCCCCUGCUGGUGGAAACAACAGUUGAAGGGACAACGUCUGAAGAACUGGAUUGCUUUCUGUUGCGGAGUUUGUUGGCUACUUGUAUAUACGCGAUCUAAUGGGAAAGCUAAACUGCAAGUUUAGAUGGUAAGGGGGAUUUCACCAGUGGCGGUGGUUGGGAGGGAAUGCAGCAAGUUCCCAUGUAACUGACCGAUUCAAAUUUUUUAUUAACUUAAGACUUGAUAGAAUGAUUUGUUCCUACAUUUUUACCUUUAUUUGCACAAAUUAAAAGCAUUACAAUCCAAGUAAAUUUGUUCAUUUUUACA